AUGGCAUUCUACAGUUUCCGAGACGACUACAGUGAUGGGGCGCAUCCGGAAAUCUUAGCAGCACUUACAAAUGGCAAUACAAGCAUCCAAACAUCGUACGGCGAAGAUGAUCACACAGAGAACGCACGAAACCUCAUCAAGGAGAAGAUGAAGGCACCCGACGCCGAUGUGCACUUUGUUGUGAGCGGGACACUAGCCAACAUCGUGGCUAUCGGCAGCUGCUUGCGACCCCACGAAGCCGUCAUCGCAGUCAGCUCUGGGCACAUUGUCGUCCGCGAAACCGGUGCCAUCGAGGCAUUGGGCCACAAGAUCAUCACUGUGCCGCCAGUCGAAGGCAAAUUGACAGUAGCCGGGAUCAAGCAGGCACUGAGAGACAACUCGCACUACCCGCACAUGGCGAAGCCCCGUCUCGUGUAUAUCUCCAAUGCCACGGAAGUCGGCACGCUGUACACCAAGGCAGAGCUGAGUGAGAUCGCCGAAAUCUGCAAGCAGCACAAGCUCAUCUUGUACCUCGACGGUGCACGUCUGGGCGCAGCGCUCUCUGCGGAGGAGAAUGAUCUGACGCUCGAGGAAAUUGGCCGCCUGACGGAUAUUUUCUGGAUUGGCGGUACCAAAGUUGGCGCACUUUUAGGCGAGGCCAUCGUCAUCAACAAUCCCGUGUUGCAGGAAGAUUUCAGAUUUCAUCUCAAGCAGCGAGGUGGUCUUUUGGCAAAGGGACGAGUAUUGGGACUCCAGUUUGAAGCUCUCUUCGGUUCAAACCUCUUCUUCGAGCUCGCUUCCAAUGCCAACAUCACGGCAAAGGCCCUCUCGACUGGCAUAGAACGAGCUGGCUAUGCGCUGGCACACAAAACCAUCACCAAUCAAGUCUUUGCAAUUUUUUCAGACGAGGUCAUCGCGAAGCUUGAGAGCGCGUCUUCUUUCUAUGUUUGGGAAAAGCUGGGUAACGGUACUUCGGUAAUACGGCUCGUCACAUCGUGGGCAACACAGUCGCAAGAUGUUGAGGGCUUUCUUGCCAUGCUGUAG